AUGGUACCAGAUACAACCCUUACCAGAAGCGCCAUCUACUUUGCCGCCCUUGCUCAGACGGCCAUUGCUCCAGCAGCAUUUCUACACUAUGUCUACUACAUAGCCACAGAGUCACUUCUACUAGUCCUACACCCUUCUGUCGACCUCUUGCUUCACUACUGGCUUGGAGCUGAGCUUAUUUUCUAUGUUUAUUUCCAAAUCACACACAACCGUAUGCAACAGUCACUCCCACCCGUCUUCCCAAGCGCCAAAGAACGAAGCAUACUCUACUACAACUGUCUAGAAAAUGUUGAAGAUGUCCGGGAGUUCUUACCUGGCUGGUUUAUGCAUCGCAACAACCCUUCUGUGCGACCACCGCUAAUGGAUAUCUGUCGAGACAACCUUGCGGAAUGGAUCGCAUGGGGAUUCUUCUCUAGUCCUCUUGAACACAUCUUGGAAGACGCUGCCCUGACUGACGAACUCUAUGGCAUGAUCGAUGGCUUACAGGCCAAAUUCAACAUUAAGCUCAAGCCAGGCUACGACGAGGAUGUCCAGUCAUUCCGGCUCAGUCUGGAUCCCGUAAUAGCCUACUAUCGCCCUCUGUUCUUCUACCUCUUCGUCAUGCUCCUUACACACGCAUUUGGCUUUGUGUUGCAAAUGUGGGGAAUGUCAAAGUAUGGCCCUGAGACACAGUCUACUCUCACAACGUUCCUAGAACCUCAGGAGUCCUGGCGCUCAAUUAACCGUCUCACAAUUAUUCCCGAAAGAGUGUCGUACUGGUUCCGGGAUGGCGAUCGCCAGAACAAGAAGCCCGUUGUGUUUAUACACGGAUUGGGCGCUGGUCUGAUGUGCUACUGCAAGUUUAUCUAUGCCCUCUUGACCUUAGACUGUCCGGUAUUCUGUGUCGAGCUUCCAUACGUGGCAAUGCGUUGCACCGAAGAUGUACCAACGAUGCAAGAGACCGUGCGCGACAUUGAGCGUAUGUUGCACCGACACCAUUUCCAGGAUGCUGUCUUUGUGGCUCAUUCACUCGGAACAGCCGUGACUUCCUGGUCACUCAAACUCAUCCCUCGCUGUAUUUCUGGCGUCGUUAUGCUUGAUGCCAUCUGCUUUAUGUUGCACUACAGAGAUGUAUGUGGCAAUUUUGUCUACCGCUUACCGACCACGGCUGGACAGUGUAUCAUUAAAUAUUUUGCUUCAUCUGAACUCUAUAUUUCGUACUAUAUCUCACGUCAUUUCCACUGGUUCCAAACAGCUCUUUACGUGACGCCCAAAGUCUCUCAUAACCCAAACAUGGCAGCCAUGACUACCCAGUUGCCACGAAACACAAAGAUCUUUCUUUCCGAAAACGACAGCAUAGUUGACUCUUUGCGGGUCGACCGCUACCUAACCCAUCAUGGAAUCGACUCGGUUGUCAUGAAAGACCUCGAGCACGCAUCAUUCCUAUUCUAUUCUAGCUGGGAAGACAAGAUUCUCAAAACAAUCAAUGAUUUCACCACUAUCCACGACACCAGAUAA